UUGCAGGUGAGCCAAACCUCUCCAUUUGGUUCCCUGAACGCCAAACCUGCCACUAGACCUCAUCAUUUAACUUCCUGACCACCAGAAACCCUAAUUUCAUUUUGGUUCCCUAAAUCUAAACCUCAUCAGAAGGACCUGGAUUAUGAAAUUGUGGAAAGUAACGAAGCUUGGAAUACAGCCAAGAAUCAACUACCAUUGAGCAUUACCUUUUAGGGGAAUAUUGUCCAUUAUCUUUCUUUUUUUUUUUUAAUUUAAUUUUAUUUAAUAAUAACUUUAUAUUGACAGAAUCCAUGCCAGGGUAAUUUUUUACAACAUUAUCCCUUGCACUGGCUUAUGUUUCGAUUUUUCCCCUCCCUCCCUCCACCCCCUCCCCAAGAUGGCAAGCAGUCCUAUAUAUGUUAGAUAUGUUGCAGUAUAUCCUAGAUACAAUAUAUGUUUGCAGAACCGAACAGUUCUCUUGUUGCACAGGGAGAAUUGGAUUCAGAAGGUAAAAAUAACUCGGGAAGAAAAUCAAAAAUGCAAAUAGUUCCUAUUCGUUUCCCAGUGUUCUUUCUUUAGGUGUAGCUGUUUCUGUCCAUCAUUGAUAAAUUGAAACUCAGGUCUCUUUGUCAAAGAAAUCCACUUCCAUCAGAAUACAUCCUCAUACAAUAUCGUUGUCGAAGUGAAUAAUGAUCUCCUGGUUCUGCUCAUUUCACUUAGCAUCAGUUCAUGUAAGUCUCGCCAAGCCUCUCUGUAUUCAUCCUGCUGGUCAUUCCUUACAGAGCGAUAAUAUUCCAUAACAUUCAUAUACCACAAUUUACCCAGCCAUUCUCCAAUUGAUGGGCAUCCAUUCAUUUUCCAGUUUCUAGCCACUACAAACAGGGCUGCUACAAACAUUUUGGCACAUACAGGUCCCUUUCCCUUUUUUAGUAUCUCUUUGGGGUAUAAGCCCAAUAGAAACACUGCUGGAUCAAAGGGUAUGCACAUUUUGAUAACUUUUGGGGCAUAAUUCCAGAUUGCUCUCCAGAAUAGUUGGGUUCGUUCACAACUCCACCAACAAUGCAUCAGUGUCCCAGUUUUCCCACAUCCCCUCCAACAUUCAUCAUUAUUUUUUCCUGUCAUCUUAGCCAAUCUGACAGGUGUGUAGUGGUAUCUCAGAGUUGUAUUAAUUUGCAUUUCUCUGAUCAAUAGUGAUUUGGAACACUCUUUCAUAUGAGUGGUAAUAGUUUCAAUUUCAUCAUCUGAAAAUUGUCUGUUCAUAUUCUUUGACCAUUUAUCAACUGGAGAAUGGCUUGGUUUCUUAUAAAUUAGGGUCAGUUCUCUAUAUAUUUUGGAAAUGAGGCCUUUAUCAGAACCUAUAACUGUGAAGGUGUUUUCCCAGUUUGUUGCUUCCCUUCUAAUCUUGUUUGCAUUCGUUCUGUUUGUACAAAGGCUUUUUAAUUUGAUAUAAUCAAAAUUUUCUAUUUUGUGAUCAGUAAUGGUCUCUAGUUCAUCUUUGGUCACAAAUUUCUUUCUCCUCCACAAGUCUGAGAGAUAAACUAUCCUAUGUUCCUCUAAUUUAUUGAUAAUCUCAUUCUUUAUGCCUAGGUCAUGGACCCAUUUUGAUCUUAUCUUGGUAUAUGGUGUUAAGUGUGGGUCCUUGCCUAAUUUCUGCCAUACUAAUUUCCAGUUAUCUGUCCAUUAUCUUUCAGGGGAAAAGACUGAUAUUCAAUGAAAUAUGGCAUUUUCAAACACUUUUGAUGAAAAGACCAAAGCUGAACCGAAAAUUUGAUUUGGAAAUAUAAGACUCAAGAGAAGCAUAAAAAGAAAAAUGGGAAAGGGGGAAAUAAUGUUAUUUGAAAGUUAAACUGUUUACAUUCUUACGUGGGGAAAUGACAUUUGUUACCCAUAACUCUUGAGAAUUAGGGGAGUUAGAUGGAGCAUUCCUAGAAAGAAAGGGCGGGUCUAAGUUGAGUUUGAUGUGAUGGUAUAAAAAAGAAAUUGAAGGGCAGAAAAAGGAUUGUGUAGGGAGAAUAGGAAUGGAGAGGUUAAGUGGAGUAAAAUAUAGCACAAAAGAACUUUGUAGUAGCAGGAAGGAAGGGAGGAGGAUGAAGAAUGUUGAAAACUCAUCGGAUUCGGUUUGAAGGGAGAAUAACAUACACGCUUAGUUUGGUAGAGAAAUGUGUCUUGCCUCAUAGGAAGGUAGGAAGGGAAAGAGGAAAACAAAGGAAAGAGGAAAGGCUGAUAAAAGGGAGGGAAGCAUUAGCAAUAUUUCAUACCUGAGGAUUUUCCCCAACUCUCAAUACCAAAAAAAUUAGAAAUAAUAAAGUAUAUCAUAGAUUUUUAGUAUGAUAAAAUCACUGGCAGUCAAAUGAAAUCAAUUCAGUUGAAUAGCUCCAAAUAAUGUUACAUAGAAAAGCACUCCAUGUAUCACUUUCAUAGCCCGGACUGAUUGAGUUCAGUGACCAGUGGAGCAGGAUGUAGGUCCAGUUCCCUUUUGGUUCCUUAUUCUGACUUUGCUUAGUUCACCCUCAGGAAAUUGUAAGCACAGUUGGGAAUCUAGUCCGUCCUCCUGUACUCGGGCAAAAUUCUCCAUUCUCCUGAUAGUUACAUGUCCAUCCCCUCACUCAGUAUUCACCAAUCUCGGUCCAGUCACCUGAUAGGUGAAUACCUUUCUGGCAAAGGUAUUUCCAAGGGUAAGUGGGGGGAUGACUCAUCAACACUCAUUCCCUGCACAGCUUAGACUCAGCUUAGCUCCAUUUCUGCACUUUAUGGUUUCUUCCUUUCCAGAGAAGGGAUAACAACUCCAGAAAUAAGCUCCACGUGAAUAAGAGAAAGCUUAGAGGGGAGGGAGCUCCAGGGAGGAUUUGAAGAAGCAAAUCAGAGAGGCGGAAGUGGAUAGGGGGAAAGGGGCGGAGGAGGGAGUGGGGCAGCCUGGGAGGAGUUGGAGGUGGAGGAGAUCCCGAGCCGGGGGCGGGGCCUGUAGUCCUGGUCUGCAAAAGGCCUCCUGCUCCUGGGGGAGGGACAGGGCGGGGCCAUGAGGACCAGAAAGGCACUCGCAGAAGGGGUUGUCGGGAAGCUUCCUGCCCUUCGGGCCGCCCUCCCUUCCCGCGGACCGCUGAUUAGUUUGACUUCUGGAAGGCAGAACCGCGCAUUUCCCAGGCUUCCAGUUCCCAGAGGAGACGUGAUCUCGUAUUUAAGCAGAGGGAAGCCCCCUGGGUGCUGGACCAACAAGGCCUGAGGAGCUGCUCUCCAGAGCAAGAGAUCAGCAUUGAAAUGAAGGACACUACUGAGAAGAUAAACCUUUCUGGGGUAAAACCUCACAGGCCACCAUCCAUAAGUCCCUGUGACUUCACUUGGAGAGAAAUCUGUGUUACACAAGAGAAAAUUAAAACUGGCAAGAAAUCUUAUGAAUGUAACUACUGUGGAAAGUGUUUUAGACAAAAGGGAAUUCUUAUUGGACAUGAGAGAAUCCACACUGGAGAAAAACCUUAUGAUUGUAACCACUGUGGAAAGGCUUUUAGGAGCAAGGGAGCUCUUACUGUACAUCAGAAAAUACACACUGGAGAGAAACCUUAUGAUUGUAACCACUGUGGAAAGGCCUUUAUACAGAAGGUAGCACUUAUUACCCAUCAGAGAACCCACACUGGAGAAAAACCUUAUGAAUGUAACCACUGUGGAAAGGCUUUUACAAGUAAGAGCUGUCUUACUAUACAUCAGAGAGUACACAGUGGAGAAAAACCUUAUAAUUGUCAUUGUGGAAAGUCUUUUAAAUGCAAGGAAGGUCUUACUGUACAUCAGAGAACGCACACUGGAGAGAAACCUUAUGAAUGUAACUGUGGAAAGUCUUUUAGAUCCAAGGAAGGUCUUACUGUACAUCAUAGAAUCCACACUGGGGAGAAACCUUAUGAAUGUAACCACUGUGGAAAGGCUUUUAGAAGCAAGAGCUGUCUUACUAUACAUCAGAGAAUACACAGUGGAGAGAAACCUUAUGAUUGUAACCAUUGUGGAAAGGCUUUUAGCAUCAAGAGGAUGCUUAUUAUGCAUCAGAGAAUUCACACUGGAGAGAAACCUUAUAAAUGUAACCACUGUGGAAAGGCUUUUAGAUACAGGGGAGCUCUUACUGUACAUCAGAGAAUCCACACUGGAGAGAAACCUUAUGAAUGUAACCACUGUGGAAAGGCUUUUAGAAGCAAGAGCCGUCUUACUGUACAUCAGAGAAUACACAGUGGAGAGAAACCUUAUGAUUGUAACCACUGUGGAAAGGCUUUUAGCAUCAAGAAGAUUCUUAUUAUGCACCAGAGAAUCCACACUGGAGAGAAACCUUAUGAUUGUAACCACUGUGGAAAGGCUUUUAGAAGCAAGGGAGCUCUUACUCUGCAUCAGAGAAUACACAGUGGAGAGAAACCUUAUGAUUGCAACCACUGUGGAAAGGUUUUUAGCGUCAAGAAGAUUCUUGUUAUACAUCAGAGAAUUCACACUGGGGAGAAACCUUAUGAAUGUAACCACUGUGGAAAGGCUUUUAGAUACAAGGGAGCUCUUCCUGUACAUCAGAGAAUCCACACUGGAGAGAAACCUUAUGAAUGUAACCAGUGUGGAAAGGCCUUUAGAAGCAAGAGACAUCUUACUGUACAUCAGAGAAUACACAGUGGAGAGAGACCUUAUGAAUGUAACCAAUGUGAAAAGGCUUUUAGAUACAAGGGAGUUCUUACUGUACAUCAGAGAAUCCACACUGGAGAGAAACCUUAUGAAUGUAACCACUGUGGAAAGGCUUUUAGAUGCAAGAAAGAUCUUACUCUGCAUCAGAGAAUACACACUGGAGAGAAACCUUAUGAAUGUAACCAGUGUAGAAAGGCUUUUAGAAGGAAGAGCGAUCUUAUUGUACAUCAGAGAACCCACUCUGGGGAGAAGCCUUAUGAUUGUAUCCAAUGUGGAAAGACUUGUAGAUACAAGGGAGAUCUUGCUGUACAUCAGAAAAUCCACUCUGGAAUGAAAUCUUAUGACUUGGUGACAUUCAGGGAUGUGGCUGUGGACUUCACCCAGGAGGAGUGGGGCCUCUUGGAUCUUCCCCAGAAAGAGUUGUACAAGGAAGUCAUGCUGGAGAAUGCCCAGAACCUGCUGUCCCUGGGGCUUUCAGUUCCCAGAGAAGACAUGAUCUCGUAUUUUAAGCAAAGACAAGUACCCUGGAUGCUGGACCAAGAAGGCCUGAGGAGCUGCUCUCCAAAGAAAGAGAUCAGCAUUGAAAUGAAGGACACUACUGAGGAGAAAAGCUUUUCUGUUGUAGAACCUCAAAGGUCACCAUCCAUAAGUCCCUGUGACUCCACUUGGAGAGAAAUCUGUGUUACGCAAGAGAAAAGUCAAACUGACAACAAACCUUAUGAAUGUAACCAUUGUGGAAAGGGUUUUCAAAAAAGGGGAACCCUUACAGUACAUCAGAAAAUCCACACGGGAGAGAAACCUUUUGCAUGUAACCAGUGUGGAAAGGCUUUUACACAAAAGGGAGCUCUUAUUGCACAUCAGAGAAUUCACACUGGAGAGAAACCUUAUGAGUAUAACCAGUAACCCGUGGAAAGGCUUUUAGGAGCAAGGGAAUUCUGAUUAGACAUGAGAGAAUUCACACUGCAGAGAAACGUUAUGAUUGUAACCAGUGUGGAAAGACUUUUUGCAGCAAGGGAACUCUUACUACACAUGAGAGAAUCCACAAUGGAGAGAAACCUUAAGAAUGUAACUACUGUGGAAAGGCUUUUAGAAGCAAGGGACAUCUUAUUAGACAUGAGAGAAUCCACACUAGAGAAAAACCUUAUGAUUGUAACCACUGUGGAAAAGCUUUUACACAAAAGGGAGUUCUUACUGUACAUCAGAGAAUCCACACUGGGGAGAAACCUUAUGAGUGUAACCAUUGUAGAAAGGCUUUUAGAAGCAAGGGAGAUCUUACUGUACAUCAGAGAAUCCACACUGGAGAAAAACCUUGUGAUUGUAACCAGUGUGGAAAGACUUUUAGAUACAAGCGAGAUCUUCCUGUACGUCAGAGAAUACACAGUGGAGAGAAACCUUAUGAAUGUAAACACUGUGGAAAGCUUUUACAUGAAAGGAUUGUGUUAUUAUCCAUAAGAGAAUCCAUACUGAGGAAAAUCCUUAUGAAUGUAACCAAUGCUGAAACUUAGAUUCAAGUGAAGUCUUUAUGGACAUCAGAAAAUCCACACUGGAGGGAAAUCUUAUGUAUGUAAUGAAUGUGGAAAGGGUUUUGUAGAAAAACCCUGAUGGGUUCUAGCCAGAUUUUUCAAGAAAUCUAAAGGCGUUAAAAUAAGAAGGAAAAUGAAAUUGGGGGAGGUCAGCCAGAUCCCUUGUAUGAGAAGUCUCAUGAUUCAGGGCUUUGUGCUUCUGAAUUGAAUUGUUCAAUAUAACUGCUACCGGCUUUGCAGUCAGAAACCAUGGGACUUUUUGUUUUGUUAUGUUUUUCUGUAGAUAAUCUCUGAAUUCUUUCCUUUAUAUUUUCAGUUUUUCUCUGUUUAGAAGUUCUGCCCACUUCUCUUGAAUUGUUUUCAUCCUCGAGUCCCAUUUUUCCUCCAGUUAUGUGUUUCCAGGAGAUCCAUGAUCCUUGGGAUUGCUGUCUUAGAAUAAAAUGCACUUUAUUUCAGCAAGGGG